AUGGCGACAAGGAAAUGGGGAGAAUUCGAAGAUGAAAACGAUGUCAUUGAACGUGAACCGACUGCAAUCAACGAUAUUGGACGACUUCGAGCAGACUCUAUUCCAAUUAAGCAACCAUCUUCAUCUCAUCAUCCACCUAAGCUAAGUCUACCGAAAGAGAAAAUUAGUGGUGUGAAACCACCAUUAACUAAUGCUGGCCACAAUGUAGUUUUGCAUAAUAUCGAACUUAUGCAACAUAUUCGAGCAUUGAAUCAAAUACUCGCGAAGCAUCAACCAACAGAAGCUCCUGGCUCAUCCUCUGUAUCUGAUAAUACUAAUGAUAAUAAUGGAGUUGUCAAUAACAUGGAUAAUAAGACGAUCAAUCCUUCUAAAGAAUUGGCAACAAUACCUGAUCCACCUGACCGUUAUGGUAUAACUGCCACCUCUGCGUCUCAGCUAGCCGUUGGCUCAAAGCGUACUAUUUUCGAUCAUGGUCAUGUUGCGCAAAUUAGGAACAAUAAAGCUUGUACAGAACUUGACCCUGCUACUGUCCGUCAAUUAAUGAUCAAAGCUGCAGCCUCUGUUUGUUCGCAUGCCGGUUAUGAAACUGCGUUUCAAUCUUGCUUGGAGGUGAUAGCAGACAUAAUGCACGAGCAAAUGAUAAAACUUUGUACGCUACUAAGAUAUAAUGUAGAUUACGAAAAGGAAACUGGUACCUGUCCUUUUAAUAAUCCAUUUGAGCAAGUUCUAUAUCAGAUCGGAAUAAAUGGAAUUCCAAGCCUUCUUCAAGAUUGGCAAUCUGAUGUCAAACGUUAUAACACUAAAUUACAGGCUCUUGAUGUACAACUGAUGCGUGACUGUAAACGCUUGUUGGAGGAUCAGAAUAACAGAGAAAAAGUAAGUAAUAAUGAAAGCAAUGAAACCUCUCAAAAAAGUGCUAAGCGAAGACGAUCGAAUGACUCUGAGCUUCUUGCAGAAAUUUCUAAAUCUUCCCCAAUCUCUAAUAUGGCUCAUAAAUCUAAAUUUGCCAAGAAUAGCUUAAUAACAGAACCCAAGGAAAAUCGCCAUGGGUAUAAUGGUAGAUUAUCCUUAACUGAUAAUGAUAAUAGCUCUUUCAACUCAGAGAAUUCCGAUUGUCGAACUGUAUCAACUCCACAGGAAGGUGAUAUAAAUGUUUUUGUUACUAAGCCAAUAGUUCAGGCAAAUUUAGCCCUAGCGCACGCGCAGCUAAAGAUCCCUCCAGUUACUGAUUUUGAUCCUGACUAUCUAAGGAACCCACAAGAUUCCCCAUCAAUCUCCCCAACGCCGACAGAAAAGCGAUCGAGUACACCAACAAGAAAGAAGAGGAAGCAAAAGCUUUAA